GAAAGGAAAGAAAGGAUGGAAAAAGAAAGGAUAGAGAAGGAGUUGAGAGAGAAGGAAGAGAAAGAAACUAUAGAAAGGCAGCUGAAAGAGAAGGAAGAGCGUGAGAAGGAGGAAGAGAUGAACACAAAAGUUGCAGACCAGCCUGAAGUGGAUGCAAGACAAAAAGAAGCUGAUGCAAUAAAGCCUGCUGAGGCUGAGAAGCUGAAGGACAAAGGCGACGUGACAAAGGAAAUACCCGAGGCUCAUGCUGCCAUUGAAUCUGUGGUGACAGUUGAAGACGAUUUCAUUACUGUGGUUCAAACCAUUGAUGAAGCCGAAGAGCCGGGCCACAGCGUUCGUUUCUCUGCCCCACCUGAGGCUGAAGCAGUUUGCGUUGCUGCCCAGAAAGAAGAAGAAGAAGAAGAGGAGGAAGAAGAAGAGUCUGUGGAGCUGGCUCAGGAAGCGGACAUAGAGGCUGCCAGUUUAGAGGAAAUGGGAGAUGUUCCUGAAAUUCCCGGCUCCCCCGAGAGGGAGGCUCAGACCAUAGAAACAGAAGGACCAACAGAAAGCUAUGAUAGAGAUGAAACCACAAUGGAUGACUCCAUUCUGGACAGCUCCUGGGUUGACACUCAAGAUGACGAUAAGAGUAUGGUAACAGAGCACACUGAGCCUUUGCCCAAGAUGUUUAGUCCGGUCAAAAAACCUGCUGUGGUCCAGAACAAACUAGCACAACAGCGGAAGACAGAGAAACAGGAAAAGCCUGUUAAAGCCAAGACUAAGGGGGGGCGGCCUAAGGGACGAAUCUCGACUCCAGAACGCAAACCUACCCGCAAAGAACCUGCCUACAUCCCCAAAGAGGAACUCAAGAAGAAAAAAGCAGUGAUAAAGAAGGCUGACCUUGCCAAAAAAAUGGAGACUCGGACUCAAUCCCCCUCCAAGAGGACUGCAGGGAAAGCAGCAGUCCGCCAGACCCGUCCUAUCCAGCACCACUCCUGCCCCAGGAGGAUAACCACAGAGGUCCUACCUGACAGUCGUCAGCCUCUCAGCGUUGCCAGACAGUCUCGUGACAGAGCAUCGUGCCAUGCCCAUCAUUUACCGUUUACAAAGAUCCCCACCUUCAUAUCCAGAGCGGCUGCCUCGUUAGAUAGACCUCGUCCAUCCUCAGCAGAGCCUCGGGGCUCCACAGAAUUACAGAAACAAAUAGCUAAGGAUGGUGGGUCAUGGAGCCCAGAGAAGAGGUCUUCAGUGCCACGCCACACCUCAUUUAUGAGUCGCCGUGGGCCCCAUGACCAUGAAGAGAGCUCUACCUCUAUCACUAGCUCUGGCUCUACGGCUCCUCGCAGGCCCACAUCAUUUCGCACUGAGAUGAGGGCAGAGCACAGGACAGGGCGAGCUCCUAGCAUGACAGUUACAGAAUCAGUGCGCUCUCGUUCAGCUCGCAGUGGCCACUCCACCCCACGCACCCCUGGCUCAACAGCAAUCACCCCAGGAACUCCUCCCAGUUACUCAUCAUCUUCAAGGACCCCCGGGACCCCACGCUCCCUCAGUCUGAUUUGUCAGGAGAGGAAGGUGGCUGUGGUCCGUACCCCACCCAAGUCACCUGCAACCACACCCAAGCAGCUCCGUAUUAUCAACCAGCCACUCCCUGACUUCAAGAAUGUCAAGUCUAAGAUUGGCUCCACAGAGAACAUCAAGUAUCAGCCUAAAGGAGGACAGGUUCUCAUCCCCAGUGUUAAACUGGACUAUAGCCAUGUUCAGUCUAGGUGUGGGUCCUUGGACAGGCGUGGCUACUCGGCAGGAGGUGGAAACGUACAAAUACAGAACAAGAAGAUUGACUUGAGCCAUGUGACCUCCAAGUGUGGCUCUCUAGACAACAUCCAUCAUCGGCCAGGAGGUGGUAAUGUGCGUAUCGAGACUGUGAAGUUGGACUUCAAAGACAAAGCCCAAGCAAAGAUUGAAAGCCACAGGUUGACAUUUCGGGACAAUGCCAAGGCCCGAGUAGAUCAUGGAGCCGAGAUCAUCAUCCAGUCACCUGGUCUGUCUGGCUCAGUGUCUCCCCACCGCAUCCGCGAAAGCCAUCUAUCAUCCUCCGGGAGUCUCAACAUGAUGGAUUCCCCACAGUUAGCAACCUUGGCGGAGGAUGUCACUGCAGCUCUGGCCAAGCAGGGUUUGUGAACACUGGAUCUCUGGAUCACUGCUCUGCACCCAAGACGUCCUCAUCCUAAUCCAUUCAAACUUUUCUGUCCUCUCCUGCCACCCUAAGGCUGACUGAUUACCGCUACUACUCAGCUAAACCGGUUCUAAGUAGAGACUCAAAGUAGGAGCUACUGUACUUUGGUCCUAUUUAUUCUGUUUUCUGUCUAUUUUAAACCCAAACGUGUUAUUUCUGAUUGAUUUCGAUCUCCCUCGUUUUGAAUGAUGUUGCAAAGAAAAGUUUGCUGUAUCCUCUAAAUAGUGGGGACAAAAGAUUGGCUUUACUGGUCUUGGAUCAGUGUUGAAGAAGCAACAGCCUUUUUUCUACUUUGAAUAAGAAAUAACGCGACAACCACUACACCAUACCGCACGUAUUGCUCUUGUUCAGUAAACGUGCAUGGACACCCUAUCAAAACACGCAUCCUUACUGCAAGUCAUUCUUGUCAUCCAAUAUAUAAUAUAUUUAUCAAAUAUAUAUAGAAACAUGUAUAAAAUAAAGGUUCUUUGCCAUCUACAUGUCCUGAAAACAUUUUAAAAGGAAGUGACAAAAUGGCUAGAAAAUCUGUAAAAUUGCAUUUAUGCAAGCAACUAGGUCAUGUUACCACGAGCAUGUAUGGAUUCAAGUCUUAAAAGAGGCUAUUUUGUAAUUUAAAAUAAGGAUUUUAGUAAGUUAUUUCCUCAUUUAUUGGAUAAAAAUUAAACAAGUUCAUGUUUUGUAGUUGAUAGUUGUUUACAGUGUAAUGCUUGGUGACAGUGUCAGACAGCUGAUUUGGUGUUGCUAAAGAAUGCAUCUCAGUCAUGUCAAAGUGCAUCACACACUUGCACCUGCUCAGCGGUUCAACGCAGAAGCCUGUCCAUACAUCACAGCAGUAUUAAACACUGGCACUCAUUCGACAAACAUCCUCAAAAGGAAAGUCUGUUCAGGCGCAGCUCACAAGAAUAAACAGUACUGACAUUUCUCCAGUAUUAUAGGCUGACAUUGCCCUCAUCGGGACUGCCGGAACCACAGAGGAGAUGCUACAAUUUGCGACCUGAUAUUUAGCAGAAGAUGCAGCUACUCUGAAAUCUGUCUGUGCGUGUGCUUUUUGGUGCAGGUCCCCUGCUGUUUUACAGCGGACGCUACCGUAUCUGGAUGUUUUGUUGCAAUAUGUGGGAGAAUAAAUUGGACAAAAAUAUUUUGAAAAAUCCUAAAAGUUAAAAAGACUCUAAAUGGAGAAAAAUAAAAGAAAGCUCAGUCAACUCCUGUUAUGUCUGUUAGGAAAAAAAAAAGUGUUUGGGUGAUCUAGUUUCUUUUUCAGACACCAUUUGUGGUAUGCCCUGCCUCCUGCCUACUACUUACUGCCCUCACCUGCAACUGUUUGUUUGCUUCUGUGUUUUUUCUGCAUUCCCCAUCUCUGUGUGCCCCUUCCCCACCUCCUACUCCAACCUACAGCAACUGUAAAUGUAUUUAAAAGGUCAAGUAGAUGUACGCAGUUUUUCUCUUGUUGAUAUGACACCAGUUACAAUAAUUAAUGACAAUAAAACGACCAAAAAAUGGGAAAAAAGUGACGUACUUGUUUUCUUUUCCGCUAACCAGAAAAAGAACCGCGUAUAUAAAUUCAAAAUGUCAAACCACUUCCUUUUGAAAACAUGUGGCUUAAAAUAAAUGUCCAAAUAUCAGCGUACAACACAUGGAGUCAAAAAGAGGGAAAUUAAAUGGGAGUGUGAAAAGUUUAUUGUGAAAUGGCAGAGGAUACAAUAAGUUAAGACUUAGGGAGGGUUAGAUUGGAAGAGGAUUGAAUUCAUUUUGAUGGCCAGUCCUGGGCCAAACGAGUCACUUUACUGGCAGAUAGAGAGCCAGACAGGCAGUAAGUGGGGAGGGAUGGUCAUCGUUAUUCCGCCUUCCCAUCCAUCACUGUUCCUCUGUGACGAAUAUAAACCCCAAUGACACUGCGGGAUUUUGGUGAAGAUAACGAAAGAAGCACCUCGUGAGUAAUCAGGAUAGCUUUCCAAGUGACAGGAGGAGGAAGAGAGGAAAAUAAAAAGCACCAGUUUGGACAAAA